AUGGCUCCGAAGAAAGGCAAAUUCGCGAAGCCAAUCCGGGCCCAUAUCAAGUGGACCCAUUUUGUUUGUUUGCCUUUGGCCACUGAAGCAUCAGUCCCUCAGUUAAAGGAAUCAUUGGCGAAUUUCAGGCACCUCACAACCAAAACAGAGGACGCUGCCUGGGGGAGUGCAGGACGGACUGCCAGUGAGCAUGUACGGUCUUCGAGCUUGCCCAAACAACAAAUUAGUCAUGACGAAGACCGUAACUCGACCAGCGAAUUGGUAGAUCAGUCAUCAACUCCGGGUUCACAGGAUCUCCGCAAAAUUCCCACUGGUGCGCAUCGACCUCCUGGGACUCUUCAUCUCACACUAGGAGUAAUGGAUCUAUCUGCGAAGGAGGACAUGGAGAGAGCAUUGCGAUUGCUAGAAGAUCUCGACUACGUGGAUCUUCUUAGGCAAGCCGAGACCAUGGUAAAAGGACGUCAACUAGAACGAGAAAACAGGAGGAAAGAACGACUGUCAGAAGACAAGGCCCAUGACGAAACCCCCACCUCAGCAGCUCCUCUAGAGUCCCUCCAUCGUUCGAUCUCUCCUCCAUCACUCUCUUCUCCUUUUUCAAAGUCGAAUGAUGUCACAAGUCCCACCCAAGACUUACCGACCCCGAUUUCCGUGACCCUGCACGGGCUUGGAACGUUCCCAUCACCGCGUUCUUCAAGGGCAUUCUUCGCGCAUGCACAUGACCCCAGCAAGCGACUGCAAACGUUUGCUGAGCUUGUACGCCAACGAUUUAUGAACGUGGCUUUGAUCACCGACACUCGCCCACUUGUGCUACACGCGACAGUUGCUAAUCUGAUCUACGUCAAGGGCAAGAAAGCCCAAGGAGGAAAAGCAAGAGAGAUUGAUGCCAGGGAAAUCUUGAGAUUCUUCAAUCACCUUGAGAAAGAUGACGAGUCGGGUUUCAAUCAGCAACAACCGCUGGAGCCAAGUGAAGGGGGCGUUGCAGAAUUGUCACAUUCGCAGUCGAAAGGCGCCCCAGACUCGGCCACAACCCAUUUAUCCUUGAGCUCGACAUUGCUAGAUCCUCAGUCUUCUGCCAACACAGGCGAUGACAACGAGCCCCAGGGCCAUAUCUGGGCUCGUGAUAUCAAGAUUGACAGAGUUCGAAUCUGCAAGAUGGGAGCCGACCCAUGUGAUAUUCCUGAUUGGGGAAUGGAGUAUAAAUAUAUUGGAGAACGGAUAUUUUUACCCUGA